AAGCGGUAGUGACAAGGGUCACCAAAACCAUCAGUGCAACUGAAGUCCAAGAGAACUGAUACAGGUAAAAUUUCUGCUGCAACAGAAAACAUGGCAGAAGGUUCCAAGGUAUUUAAGAAGUCCAGCGCUGAUGGCAAGCUGUCCAUCUAUCUAGCAAAGCGGGACUAUGUGGACCAUGUGGACCAUGUUGAACCUGUAGAUGGAAUGAUUCUAAUUGACCCUGAAUAUCAAAAGGACAAGAAAGUCUUUGUGACUCUCACAUGUACUUUCCGUUAUGGACGUGAUGACCAUGAGCUCAUUGGCUUGAGCUUUAAGAAGGAUCUGUACUUUCUGCAUUGUCAGGUGUACCCCCCAUUGCCUGAAGAUAAAAAGGCCCUCACUCCGCUACAGGAAAAGUUAGCUAAAAAGCUGGGACAGAAUGCAUUUCCCUUCUGUUUUAAUAUGGCCACAGAUUUGCCAUGCUCAGUGACACUUCAGCCUGGACCAGAGGAUACUGGGAAGAAAUGUGGAGUUGAUUUUGAAGUGAAAGGUUUCUGUGCAGAAAAUGUGGAAGAGAAAGUACCCAGAAAAAACAGUGUGCAGCUCAUCAUCAGGAAAGUGCAGUUUGCUCCAGAAGCCACAGGACCUGCCCCAUGUGUCCAAACAACACGGCAGUUCAUGAUGUCAGACCGACCACUACAGUUGGAGGCUUCUCUGAACAAAGAGAUAUAUUACCAUGGGGAACCCAUUGGUGUCAAUGUAAAAAUUACCAACAACACCAGCAAGAUUGUGAAAAAGAUUAAAAUCACAGUGGAACAGUUGACAGAUGUGGUUCUUUAUUCACUGGACAAGUACACCAAAAUUGUAUGCUGUGAGGAGAUGAAUGACACAGUAGCAGCAAAUGGCACUUUCUCUGGGUCUUAUUCUGUGACACCGCUUUUGGCCAACAACAGGGAGAAACGUGGACUGGCUCUAGAUGGCAAACUGAAACACGGUGACACCAACCUUGCAUCAUCUACAAUCCUACGGCCUGGCAUGGACAAAGAGGUGUUGGGAAUGCUGGUGUCGUAUAAAGUCCGAGUAAACCUGGUGGUGGCCAGAGGAGGAAUUCUGGGUGACCUGACAUCAAGUGAUGUGCUGGUAGAUCUGCCACUUACACUGAUGCAUCCCAAACCAUCUCCGGACCAGACAAACAUUGAGGAUGUGGUGAUAGAGGAAUUUGCCCGGCAAAAGCUUCAGGGAGCAGAGGGUGAAGAUGACAAGGAAGAUGCAUAAAGUGAAAGCAGCAGUUGAGAAGCUGACAAUGCAGAUUGUAGAAUAUUGCACUGUACUCUAACACUAGUCUUUCCCUGGCAUAUAACCUUGUGAGUGUGUGAGUUGGUUACUGGUCCAUACAUAUGCAUCCUUGUUUACAUGUGGUAUGAGAUGUGGUCUUUAGCUCUGACAAACAUUACCAGACUAAUUCUUAAAAAUAAACAAUAAAUGGAAAUUCUUGCUAUA